CCACAAACGAGCUGGAAUUCACAAAAACAAACUUAUCUGCAACAAACAGCAGAAAAAGGAGUUUGUAUAAAAAUCUGGAUAUGGAGUCGAUACAAAAUGCAUUUGAAAAUGUCCAAGAAAGGAGGAGUGCUUUAGGGAGGCAAUACCAGUUCUGGGUGGAUCGCACGAUUCCAUUUACAAAUCAAAGAUGGAUGUCUUUCGCUGGACUUUUAUCUGUGUUUGUUAUCCGUAUUCUGAUAGUUCGUGGUUGGUAUAUCGUCUGCUACACACUCGGUAUUUAUUUGCUGAAUCUGUUCUUGCUUUUCUUAUCCCCCAAAUUUGAUCCCAGCCUUGAACAGGCUAUGCGAGAUGAAGAGACAGAAGAAGGUGUUUUGCCUACUACGAAAGAUGAUGAAUUCCGUCCCUUCAUUCGUCGCUUACCAGAGUUCAAAUUUUGGUAUUCCAGUACUCGUGCUACCGUUAUGGCCUUAGCGGCUAGCAUGUUUCGAAUUUUUGAUAUUCCGGUAUUCUGGCCCGUCCUUGUUGUGUACUACUUUGUCCUGUCGUUCUUUUGCUUCCGCAGGCAGCUACAGCACAUGUUGAAAUACCGCUAUGUGCCCUUCGAUAUUGGUAAAAGACGUUUUAGUUCCCGUUAGAUGUAAUGUUCCUGACUGAGCGCUAAUUCUCUUUUUUUUUGAUUGAAAAACGUAGAUCAAAACGCAACUAUGUCUGGGAUCUUUUUUGUUAUUUCUUUUACACGCAUUGGUUUAUGUAUAGAUACAGUCUUGAGGAAUAUUUCUAUGAAUCCUUGAGUUUUCCACGUUGAAACGGUAUGAAGUUGAAAAGGCUCCGUGUUAAACAUUCAAUGAAGACAUCCGCAAAAGCGGAAUUUGAUUUUGGAGCAAUCUUAUAGUUGCUCUCAAGUUAUGGAUACCUUGCCCCUGUUGAAAUGAGAGUAUGAUUUAGGAUUGUACAUGAUAUACUUUAUUUGAUGAAACGCUUACUGUCAUCGUUUCAUUCAUGCCCCUUUCUAGAAUUUUACGCAUUUACUAGACAAAAUCCAUUUGCUAUAUGAAUACCUGUUUGUUCUUUCUUUCUUUAUCAGAUAAUAAAAAAAUGGUCCUUUUUAUUUCCAAAUUUUCUAAAUUAACACAAAAGAGUAUUAUUCAUAGACAACCAAUGAAAAGACAAAUAUUGCAACAUUCACAUCUCCUAAGAUUUGCUAUGUCGGAAGAAAGCUGGUUUAUAAUUUCUAUUUCCUAUAAUCAUUUAUUCAACCAAUCUGUUGAUGUGUAUACAUAAUUUUCGUUCACAGCAGCAGAACUUUUGGUAGAUGCAGUGUUUUUAGCAACAGCACUUUUUUUUUGGAACAUCGUUCUUGCAGCAAGACUUUUCAGAAGAAGAGGGAUGCAACUCAGCAUGCUCCUCCCACAAGCUCUUACCGGAACAAGCGCAAAUGACUUUGGUAUUCUGACCAACACCAGCACUACGGGAAACGAUUCCCAGGACGCCAUUGAAGGAAUCUUUAGAGGCUUUCAAUACGAAUGCUCGACCUAUCCAGUCUUCCAAGUUUCCAUCGACUUCUUGAGCGAGAGCAAUUUUUCCAGUCUCAUUCGAAGGAACAGAUACGAGGGUAGCAAAAGACCCACCUACAGACUUCAGUCCAUGAGAAAUGUCACCCGAAACGGCAACUUCAGCGAUGUACUCGGUAUUGGGUUCUAAUUGGGUUGCGACCAAAUCCAAGUAAACUCGGUCCUCAGUGGGAAUAAAUCUGCAUAAACCGUAGACUUUUGGAACUGAAGAUAGGUCUUCUGUAUUGUCGUAGAGAAUACAGACUCCGGACUCUUUUUGGGAACUAGCACCGCGAAUCAAAAUGGGCUUGGAAGUAACUUUUUCCAAAUGAUGAAGAAUUUCAGAAGGGGGAACUACAAAAAAAUAAAGUUAGACAACCCUUUUGAUCUUUAAAGACCGAAAUUUGCCGUACGUGAACUUUUCACAAUUAAUUGCCCGAGCGUGUCGUCCCAUUUCCAUUCGUCAAUUUGCAAGUUUUUGCAUUCUUCUUCUAUAGAACUUCUUACAUCCACUGUGCAAUCUCUCACUAAAAAUUCUACCUACAAACCAACCGAGUUAGAGAUGAUAUACAUGAACAGCACCCGUGCACGUACUUGCACCAUGGCGAAUCUUUGACGAUAAAAUGACUCAAGCUUAUCGAGUGGUUCUGAAAUAAAAAGGAAUCCUGCUAAAAUGGGUUGCUCGUUUGAGUAUGGCAAUGGUUAAGUGAACAAGUUCGAAUGAAUAAUCAUCAUACUACUUUAAGGAAAAUCUUAUUAAGCAUCAUAUUAACGAGUAAUCGAUGUUGAAGGAAGUUACCUUUUCGAAAAAAGAGCUUUGAACAGGAAUAUCAAGAAAAAAAUAUCCAUUCCGAACAGGAUUUAACUCGAGGGAGACAACUGUUUGCAGAUACUGGGCAAAUUUUAUCGCACAAACACGAAAGCAAAGAUUCAGUAUACAACCCCGACUGUAUCAUAGAAUGCACGAAUUUGGUAUUUUAUUUAAACUUACAAAGCUAUUUUUUAUUUCUUUCUCAGUUAUUUUAUUCCAAUCUCUUUUAUUCAUUAGUGAUGCCAGAAAAAGAAAAAAUUCUGUAAAUAAAC